AUGAUGCAUGCCGACGCCACAUGGAGCGGUCCUGGAGGCUGGAUGAAAACGAUAAAGAGACUUGUGCGUUUCCACCACAAAGGUGGUGACACAAAGCUGCCGAGCCGGCUGUGGUUUAUUCUAGCCAUACCGAGCAUUCUUGUGUUCAUUGCCUGGCCGCUGUCUGGUCUCGCGUUCGAGACUACUUCAGGUUUCAUCCGCGGUACACCGACCGAUGAAGGGCCUACCAUGACGGGAUUCUCCUAUUCGAACUUUAACGAGCGGGCUGGCGGAGAUGUCCUGAAUGGCGCCUCAUUAACGUGGCAAUAUGCCUUGGACGCGCGUGUCCCAGGACAAGGAAUUGUAUAUACGCCAGAGGGUGUCGAUCAGUCGCGGCAUACCUUCUUACAGAAGUUGCCUGUUGUUCUACCCAAAGAUGACGGCGUGAGCAGAAUAUUUCUCAGCGCACAAGCUGAGAAUCCUAUCGAAGGAAACAGUUGGGGAGUGCUGCUCGAGUACAACUGCAGUAUCAUUGAAAGAGGAUCGCAACUGACUGUUCUCAACUACCGCAAUGCUACCAAAGCUCAAGACACCCUUCUGAGAGGGUCCACGAGUGUAUCCGGUUACCAAGCGCAAAACGACAGCUUCAUCAUGAUCGCGAAUGAGACCGAUCCUCUGCGAGCUUCUUGGGUGAGCAACAUGCACGCAGUUAUAGAAGUCGGAUACCAGAAAUGGCCAAAUGCCUCGGCGUUAGAACGCUUGCAGGAAGAGGAUUCGAAUGCCCAGUUCACCAAGACGCAAAGCUGCUACUUCAACCAAGCAGACAAUGUAACGGGCGACUAUCCCGGCGUCGACCAACAGACCGUGUUUGAAGUGCUUCUGUGGCAGAUUUUGUUCAAUUCGUCCUACUCUGAAAAGGCGCCAGAUUAUAACUUCACCGUUGAUCACAAUAUUACAGAUCUGUAUGGAGCAUAUGACUACCGCGACUUCAAUUAUAUUAUCGCAAAGAACGAUACCAGAUUCAGUGGGCAACCAAUGACUGCAGUUGGUGCACGAUGCACGUCAAGUAGCAGUGUCGGGACAGCCGAUAUCGACGGUGCCCAUUCAACAUACUCCAAUUUUGUGCGCACCGACACGCCGAUCAACGUACAAAUCAAUAGAUGCGCGAACCGCUUCGGUGCCGAGGCCAUUGCAUCUAUCGUCACGCCUGGGACCGGCACGGAGGAAUGGUUGUCAAAGUUCUUCACUUCGGCUGCGGCGCCUCCGACAUUCUACGCCGCCUUCACAGAUGACCCGACAAGCAUAGACGCAGGCACAGGGACACCGCUGCAGCUUAGCUACCUGCAAGCAGAGCAAUUGAGACGAAGUCUGCUGGGAGCGCACGCCGGAUACGCGACACAGCUCAUGUAUAACGGCGGCCAGGGCUUCACGGCGCUUGAUGGAAGCCAUGUCAUCUUCAACAAUCCGAAUGUGACCGAGUAUGUGGCUGGUACUGUACUUAAACUGGGCACUAUCCCAGCGUCUGUCCCGGCUUCACUCUUCUUUGCGUGGGCGUUUGUGGGCCCAAUCUUGGGGAUCAUAUACGGCUUCAGGAGGCGGUGGAGUGCGACCCUGGACGGAUAUAGUCUGUUCCGACUAGGAGCGGACCUGCCAGACGAUGUCAAGGAGCGGAUGGCAAUGUAUACUAACACUGGCGAACGAGAGGAGUGCUUUGAGCUGAACAGGCUACCUGGCCUGGUGGGAGACACGAAGCCAGGCCAAUGGCUGGGCCAUAUCGGCCUGGUGGAGGGCAGCGUGGCUGCCAAAGACAAGAAGUAUCAAUGA